AUGGAGAAGGUGAACAUCGAGCCAUGUGUGAAGAUGGACACCCAAACCCUUGAUCUUCUCAAGAUAAGAGAUGAUGUCACAUGGUACAUAAGGAAGCUAGGCUUGAGCAAGCUCUUCAAGCUAGAAUGUAGUGAGUACUCACAACUCACCAAGGAGUUCCUCUCUACAGUAGCUCUUGCCUUUCCCAACCACAAUGGAGACCAACCAGCUGCACAUGACUUCAAGGAGAACUCAAAGAGGAAACAAGCUGCCUUUGCUGAUUGGACACACUUUGCCAAUGAACCAUUCUUGCCUUCAAGGUCAAAGGUGUCUAGAAUCACUCAUCCAGCCAUUCGCUAUGUGCACCGCCUCAUCUCCACCACUUUCCAAUGCAAACAAGAAGCCAACAAGGUCACAACUGAUGAGUUCUACAUCCUCACCACACCAUUCAUCAAGCAUGAGUACAAGGCCAACCUUGGACUUUUACUUGCCAAGACAUUCAUCAAUGUGAGGAAGCUAGCUAAAGACUUGGAAGGCAACAAGAAGCUUUGUGUUCGUUUUGGGAGGCUUAUCACGGCCAUAGUACUGCAUGUGGGGAUUGACAUUCCCAACUAUGAGCCACUACCCAAGCCAACCCCUUUGGAUCUCCAUGCUCUUCAGCACAUCCACUUCCUAAACCGUUGGACUAAAGACCCAACUCGGUUUUGCUAUGAGUUUCCAAUUGGUCCAGCCAACACUUCCCUUGUCUUGCUGCCACAUGAGGACAUCCCAAGCCUACGCUCAGGAGUUGUCACUUUCCAGCCCAAUGAGGAAGAUUCUAUGUUCCAUCAAGUGAGAAACCAUCAUUCCCCAUGCUCACCUAUCGCACACUUCAGCAUGCAGUCAAGACUCAACGCCGCAUCCAAGAACGCCAUGUUCUCACUACUGGCAUGGCUGCGCACCAAGGCUCUAGACCGUGUUAACAAGCUGGAGAAGAUAGUGGAAUGCCAAUCUCGCUUCAUCUCGCGCCUAGUCCGCGUAGUUCGCCACAUUGCACCGGAGAGACUCUUUCGCCCUUCUUCCACCGCUAGAGAGCCAUAUGAGCCUGACCUUGGUGAGUUCUCACUAGACUCAGAGCUUGGUUCAGAAGGCGAUGACCCCAUAGAUGAGGAAGAGAGUUCUUCUCACUGCCACACAUAG